GAAGGCUGCACAUAAACUAAAUUCUGUGUAAAUUUUAGAAAAAAUCCAAAUUAAGAGUGAAAUAACAAACAACACACCAGUGAAAAUGUCUGCCUACUCCCUCUCAGAGCAACAAGAAAAUCAGUUCAAACAAAUGUUCGAAAAGUUUGAUACGGAUGGCAAUGGUUCGAUUACGACCUCAGAGCUGGGACUCAUUACGCAAGCACUCGGGUUGAACCCAUCCAAGGAGGAGAUGGAGCAGAUGAUUCACGAGGUGGACUUGGAUGGCAGCGGAACGAUCGAACUGAACGAGUUUAUGGUUCUGAUGGCACGGAUGUGCCGGGAGGAACCCUCCGAGGACGAGUUGCGGCAGGCGUUCAAGGUGUUUGACAAAAAUGGCGAUGGCUUUCUGACUGUGGACGAGCUGUCAGCAGUGAUGCAAAACUUUGGGGAAGGGCUGUCCGAUGACGAGUUUGCGAACCUGCUUCGGGAAGCAGACGUGGACGAAGAUGGGAAGAUCAAUUACAACGAGUUUGCGGCCCUGUUGUUGAGGUGAUUGCUGUAGGAGGUGUGGAAUUACAGAGCGGAUUGGGUCGAAAACCGUUGAGUGAAAAUUAUCGAUUUAACUACGAGAAUAAAAGAAAUAAGCAUAUAAUUGCUCUCUUUUCGUUUUCACAACUGGGUCAACA